UGAAUUCAAAUAAGAUAAAACAAAAAAACGAAAAGUAAAGCUAAAAAGUUCCAAACAGUACAGUAAAGAAGAAGAAGCAGAGUAUCAAAAAUCUCCCCCUUACCAAGAAUUAGGUUUUUUUCGAUCGAAUUCGCGGCAAGUAGGCUCAUUUCUUCCGACAACAGUGGUCUUCUUUCCAGAUAUGUCUCUCCGAGUUCUCAGGCAAGGUGUGCUAAGCUAAAAAGACAAGGAACAAAUCCGAAUCCACAUAUGUUUCUGUCUCAUAGUUUGGUGUGGAGAUAUGUCUAGAGAAGCCAAGAUGUUGUAAGCCUGCUUGAGUGCUGCCAAAGGGUUUAAUCUAAGCUAAAGAUGGGUUCGCUAUGUUGUGUGGCUGCAAAAUCAGAUAGGCCAGAUUCUGCAAGUAGAGACUUUUCGUUUGGCCCUCAUGAGCCUUAUUGGAGGACUAAUACAAGUUUCUCUCCACCUUCGUCGAGAUGGGAUGUCCCUGGUGCUAGCUUCUACGGAUCUUCCACAUCAUCAAACGCUAAUCUUCUUCCUAGUCCCGACCUUUCUCAGACUCUUCAUUGUUCAUUCUCGUCUUGUUCUGAUGAUAUUGGUGACUCUGAAACUAACCGCAACUUCUCAAACCGGCGAUUUUUCCUGUCUAAGCCGGUUCAUCCUAUGGAGGCAGUUGAUGCCUGCAGCUGGAGCAGCGGGACAACAACAAGCAGCAUUGAUUCUAUGGAGGCAGUUCUUGAUUGGGAUAAUAAUCAUAACUCUACCAAACCACAACGAGCAGCUUCGAGUAUAUUUAGAUGCGGUUUGUGUGACAGAUACAUCUCACAGAAGUCUCCUUGUGGAUCUCGGUCCAUCGUAAGAAACCGAGACAUGCCCGUCACGGGAGUGCUUCCAUGUCAACACGUCUUUCACGCUGAAUGUCUUGAGGGAUCAACUCCAAAGGCUCACCGCAGUGAUCCGCCUUGUCCAAUAUGUAUCAAACAGAAAGGAGAGCAGUCGUCUAAAUCACACAACAUUGUCCUGAGGCUUAAACCGUUUUGUGAAGAUAGACAGUGGGCCUGUGCUCAGGUUGGUGACUGUGUUGAAAGUGCUGUUUAUGUGCCGCCGAGAAACACCAUGGUGAUGAUAAACAGGAACAGGAUGAGGAGAAACCUCUCGUUGAGAGGAAGCUCAAGCAAGGAUUAUCCAAGAAAAAUCAAGAAAAGUAGCUCGUUUAUGGAAACUUUUACUAAUCAAGUCUCGCUUGUGCAUUCUUCUAGAGGGAAAGAGAAGGUUUAAUGGUAGCUGGAAAAGAAAAGCAGAGAAAUAAAAAAGGUUGUUUCUUUGACCUCUUUUGAACUUUUGACAAGUGUCACACCAAAGGACUGUAAAGUAUUCAUUCUGGAGACCUGUAAGCAAAUUUGUUAGAGCUUUGAUUGUUUUUUUGUCUUGUAAUCAUCUACUUGCUGGCGAGUGGCGAUCAUCUUAAUUAACCGGUUUAUUAUCCAAUCGAUAAGUUAUUUUAGUUCGGUUUACCUGCACAGCCGAGUAAGAUUGUACCAAACGAAUAUAUCUAGACAGCCGAGUAAACUCGAUUGUGGUGGAAACAGUUUCCUAGCAUAUGUUGGAUAGUUAUAUUUCAGAAUGUUUGCGAGCCAAAAUGAUAGUUGGGUGGUCAAAACAUCCACACUCUUACCCAGUGCCGGCUUAAAACUAUAUUGGACUUAUGGACAAAUUUUUGUUCUCUUACAGAAAGCAAUCAACAUCUAAGCCUCUAUACAAUGAAUGCAAUCUCCGUUUUGUUUUUUCGUAAUGAAUUUUUUUCGAAACGAAUCAUAUACGUGGAUAUUCAAAUUCAUCAACCAAUCUUUAUUGAAACUGGAAAGACAUUCGAAAUUUAAAAAAAAAAAAACGAAAAGAAUA